GUGAUGUUGUCAAUAAGUUCUGCAAAUUGGGAUGUGUUUCCUCUGUGUGUGGUGCCUUAAUCACUCUUCAGAAUGAUGCUAGUGAAAUCGUGAAUGAAGCGGUUAAAAAAUGUGCCAACGCAUGUUCCACGGUAUGCACCAAGGAUUCGAUAAUUGCAGUUGAAACUGCCUAGACAAACCAUAUCCUUUAAUUUCAUAAAGAUAUCACGUGCAUCUGGAGGUGAAGUGGG